AUGUUCAAGAAGUUCGCUUCUCAUAAACCCCCUACUUAUGAUGGCAAGCCAGACCCUACUGAAUUUGAGGAAUGGAUUAGCGAUAUGGAGAAGUUAUUUGAUGCAACUCAAUGCCCCGAGAAAUGGAAGGUCAACUAUGUUGUCUUUUACUUGAAAGGACAAGCCAACCUGUGGUGGAAAAGUGUUAAAGGAGUCCAAAAUGAGCCUGGUUUUGGUUGGGAAAAACUGACGGAAGCUAUGCGGGAACAAUUUUACCCCUAUUCUCUACAAAUGCAAAUGGAAUCGGAAUUUAUCAAAUUGAGUCAAGGAAAGAAAAAUGUUCUAGAAUAUGCAGUGAAAUUCAAUGAGCUUGCUCGAUUUGCCCCUGACCUGGUGACUACCGAUAGGCAAAGGAUGAAUCGAUUUGAAGGAGGAUUAAGCAUUGAGAUCCGUGAUCGUCUUUCGAGUUCUAGAAUUUCCACUUUCCAAGAGUUGUACGAUCGAGCAAUUAACGUCGAAAGAAUUAUCAAGCUUCGAGAAGAAACAUAUGGAAAACGAAAAGGGAGCUUCGAAGAAAAUCAACCGAACAAUAAGAAACAAAAUGUCAAUGUCAGCUAUCAAGGAGGGAAUAACGGAAACCAAAGCUUCAACAAGAAUCGUGGAUGCGCCAAGUGUGGAAGAUGGAACCAUACUGAGAAAGAAUGUCGAAUUGGUACGCGAGAUUGCUUCAAAUGUGGUAGCAAAGAUCACCAAAUCAGAGAUUGUCCUCAAAUACAUCGAGAGCAAGGUGAUAGGAGAAACGAUGAAAACAAAGGAAAUGGUGGCACUACAAAUUUCAACCGUAAUCCCCCACGUGGAACAACUUCGAAUGGAAGAGUGUUUUUAAUGCAAGGAAAAGACGAUGACGCAAAUGACAAUGACGACUUCGCUAGUAUGGAGUAA